AGUAAAAAAAUUUAUUAUUAAAAAAAAUAUGAAUAUUUAAAUGUAUUAAUCUUUCUAAUAUAUUUUGAAAUAUAAAUUAUUUUAAACAAAUUACGUGUUUUCAUGCAUUAAUUAUAUGCACAUCAAAGCAAAAAAAUAUAUAUUUAUUUAAUAUAAUAAUAUAAUAAAUUAGUGAAUUGAAAAAUAUUGGAUUAGUAAAUGAAAUUAUAUUUUAAUAAUGCUUACAAUACAAUUUGGACAAUGUGGAAAUCAAUUAGGACAUACAUUAUUCUCAGAAAUAUCAACUGAUAUGGAAUGUGUAAAUACAGGUGUAUCAUAUAAAACUAAUUAUCAAUACAUAGAAGAUACAUUUAAUAGGUGGUUUAGUGGUAUAACUAAAAGUAAUGACCGUUUAGCAAGAGCAAUUCUUAUAGAUACCGAACAAAAGGUUAUAAAUAAAAUUUAUAAUAACAAAAAUAAUUUAUGGACAUAUUCAACAAAAAAUGUAAUUUGUCAAGCUGGAGGAGGUUGUGCAAAUAAUUGGGCAUUUGGUUAUUUAAUAAAAGGUGGAACAGGAUCUGGCAUUGGAAGUUAUAUUACAAAACUAUUACAUGAGGAAUAUAAUAAAAAACCAAUUCUUAAUACAACAAUAUUACCAUUUUCAUUUGGUGAAGUAUGUACACAAAAUUAUAAUACAUUAUUAACUUUAGCAAAACUUUAUAAUGAAAGUGAUAUAAAUAUUUUAUUUGAAAAUGAACAAAUAUAUAAUAUAUGUACUAGUUUAUUAAAAAAAUCAUCUAUAAAUCUACAAGAUAUGAAUAAAGUUAUUUCAAAAAAAUUAUUAGCUACAUUUCAACCAGUAAAUUAUGAAAAACAUAACAUAAAUUCAUUAUUAUCUCAAAUAGCAUGUCAUCCUUCAUACAAAAUAGCAAUAAUAAAAAGUACUCCACAUAUACCGGUAACAUCUACAAGCUAUGAACCAAUAUAUAAUUGGAAUUCAUAUAUCCAUCAUUUAAAGCAAACACUUAGAAUACCAAAUUUAAAUUCACAGUUAACUAAUGUUGAAUUAAAAAUGCCAUCUAAUUUAUUAAGCAAUACUAUACAUCAUACAUAUGCUACUUCAGUAUCAAAUGUUUUAAUAACACGUGGAACAAUGUCAGAACAGGAUCUUAUAAUGAAAAAUAUACUUAAAGAAAAACAUUUAUAUGCAAACUGGAAUACAAUUGAUUGGUUUACUCAUUUACAUCAAAAUCGAAAAUUUUUAAAUCAUGAUAAAUUUCUUGCUUUAAUAACCAAUAAUUCUCAAAUUUCUUAUUCUCUAGAUAUAUUUUUAAAUAAAACUUGGAAAUCUUAUGUUCAUUCUGCAUUUUUACAUCAAUAUAAACAAUUCGGUUUAGAAGAGGAUGAUUUUCUACAAGCAUUUUCAGUACUUGAAAAUGUUGUAAAAGAAUAUAAAGAAUUGGUCUCUCAUACAGAUUAAUAAUAAAUUAUAGUUGAAUUAAAUUUUUA